AAAAGCCGCUUCAGUUUGCCUGAGAGCAGCGCAAGGUCAAGAGCAUAUGGGCUCUUUUGAAAACAGUCGAUCGUUGGGCCGAAUCGCGAUGUGACAUAGCCUCAUGAAAUUAUAGAAAAAAUAAAAAUAAAAAAGGGGUCGCAUAAAUAAAAUAAAAAUUAAAAAAAAAAAACACGUUAGUAAUUCUCGAGCUCAUUGUCUACGUCUCGUGAGCACGUGCACGCCGUGUUCCAAAUUUAAAAGCUCCAAUGCGAUAGUUUCCCGCGUAAACAUUGUGCCGGUGUUAUUAGUGUGAAUUUAUUUAGUUGUUACUCGAAAUAAACAUUGUGAUUUAAGCAUUAGAUUCAAUAAAUAAUACAAGUUGGGGGGCGACGGAGAUAAUAUUUCCGGGGGCGCAAGGGGCGUCCGCGCGGCGUCGGCGGCGAGCGCUGCGCGGUGGGGCGAGCGGCGCGCGCGCACCAUGCUCGCGAGCAUCAAGGGCUUCUGGAAGGUGUGCCGCUAUGGCGACCUCUACAUGGUGUUGGCGGCGCUCGCCGCGCAGUCCAUCAACAUAUCGGUGGGCUUCUGCCAGGGCUUCUCAGCAGUUCUGUUGCCCCAGUACACGCAUGAACAUCCAAAUAUCACAUACGAACAAAGUUCAUGGAUAGCAAGUUUGGGUGUUAUUUCCAAUCCUGUGGGUGCCCUGCUGGGUGGAAUGAUGGUGGACGCAGUCGGCAGACGGCUGCUGCUGCAGAGCAUUGUGCUGCCCAAUCUGAUAGGUUGGCUAGUCAUCGCCUUCUCGGAGACCUACGUGUUCCUAUGCGUGGGUCGAUUCAUUACUGGUUUUACUAUUGGCAUGUCAACGGUAUCAUACAUAUAUGUCGCGGAAAUCACCACACCGGAGAAAAGGGGAGUUCUCAGCGCUCUAGGGCCAGGUCUGGUGUCUACUGGCAUAUUUGUGGUUUAUUCACUAGGCGCCUUCGUGCACUGGAGGAAGGUCGCUGCUAUAUGCGCUGGAGUAUCGCUACUCACUCCCUUCCUGAUGUACUUCGUUCCAGAGUCACCGCUGUGGCUAGCUUCUAAAGGUCAUAUGAAGGAAGCCUACAAUUCGAUGUUUUGGCUCCGACAGAAUAACAGCGCAGCCCAACAGGAACUGAUGGAGUUCACGAAAGACAGAAAAUCCGGGGAAACCAUGUCAUUCAAAGACAAGUUGUGCUUGUUCAAACGGAGAAGUGUAUUGAAACCGUUUAUAUUGCUCAUAGUGUUCUUCAUAUUCCAAGAGAUGUCGGGUAUUUACGUUAUCCUGUACUAUGCGGUUGAUUUCUUCAAGUCUGUCGGCACCAGCGUCAACGAAUUCACGGCGUCUAUCAUCGUUGGAGGAGUUAGAGUGUUCAUGGGUGCAGUUGGGGCAUGUCUCAUCAACAGUUUUAGAAGAAAGACUCUGGCUGCGACGUCAGGACUCCUAUUAGGUAUGGCGAUGCUCGGUGCAGCCGUGUGUGAUACUCUCAACGGGCCUCCACUGGUAAAACUUGCUUGCGUUCUUCUACACGUAUCCUUCAGCAUGGUUGGGUUCCUGCAGCUACCGUGGAUAAUGUCCGGGGAACUGUACCCUCAGGAUAUUAGAGGAGUCAUGUCGGGAGCGACCUCUUGUUGCGCUUAUGUUUUGAUCUUCUUCAAUAUAAAGACUUACCCUCAGUUGGAGAACUUAUUGACCAGCAAUGGUACUUUAUAUAUCUUCGGGAUUUGUGCUUUAAUGGGAGCGGCUUAUUGUCUAUGGUUCCUGCCGGAGACGAAGGGGAAGUCGCUGACCGAGAUCAUGAAACAGUUCGACGAAGAGAGGACCGAUGUAGAUCCAGAGGCUUGUUUCUCCAAGGAGAAGCAGUACAGUAUUGAAGAGAGACAGGUGCAGAGAAGGCAUAGCGCGGGUGCUGCGGUUUCAUUGGAGAAAAACAAAGAUAUAUUCACGCCGUACUGGAUACAGGAGACAGACGAAAAGAUUAAACACAAACAGUAAAUGGCGGAUGUUGAUUAUAUAUAAUAUAUAUAGAUAUUUAUUUCAAUUGUUAGUUCAAAGUAUUAUAAAGUUACCAAUUUAUAUGUGAUGUUGAAUCGUGUUGAAAAUUAUAACUGUGCUAGUGUUCGAGUGAGUCCUAGUUCAUAAGGAUGUUACAUUCCGUUAGUUUUAGUUAUUUUUUUAAUUAUGUAUACAAGGUGACGAUUUUUUUUAACAAUGUAUUACAUAUUUUUUGUGGCUAUUUUUUUUAAGUACAAAAAUAAAUGACUCGAACUAGCUGUACAGCGCUGGUCGCAGGUCGUGGCUGGUAAUAUUUCCUUGUUGUUAGACACGGAUAUUAUACUAAUUUGUUUAGUAAACACUUUGACUGUUAAGUUUUGCUUGUAUUUGAGUGCAAUUGUAAGGAUAGGAUCAUUCCCUUCGUCACUUAGUUGCAUAGCAAGAUUUUUUAUGAAUUGAUUUUUUCUUUUCAAUGUUCGGUUGUGAAAAUCAAUUGCCAAAGUAUAUUGAAAUUGAUUGUGAAGAUAUUAUUAAGAAAUUGUGAAGAAUUGUUACUUAUACGCCAGUAGGUAUUUACAAAUUAUAUUUUUUGUAUAAUUUAUGACGUUGAGUGAGCAAUCGAGUAUAAAUAUAGAUUAAUAUAUAAAAUAGUAUUCGCUUUACACAUAUAAUACAAUAUGUUUGAAGCCGUGGAAGUUUCGUCGGUCGAAACCUACUUAUUGCAGGGUGAAUGAAAUAAAUUUAAACUUGUUUAUAUACUGUGAUGAUAUAUUUAAUAACCGUGUGAAUAAUAAAACGUUGUUUUUAUUG